AUGCAAUUCACAGUGUUGAUCGCUUUCGUGCUCGUAGCCGCCGCCGUCGCCUCCCCGAUCGCCGAUAAGCCCGCCGCCGACAAGUCCGAAUCCGUCAAGGACAAACGCGCCAUCUACGCCGUCGCUCCGUCAGUGUACCACGCUCCGGCUGUUUACCACGCACCCUCCGUGUACCACGCACCCGCUGUGUACCCAGCACCAGCCGUGUACCACGCACCAUCCGUGUACCACGCACCAGCCGUGUACCACGCACCCGCCGUUUACCACGCACCGGCCGUCUACCACGCACCAGCCGCCGCCACGUCCUACUCCAGCGUCAGCAUCUCGCACCCAGCCGUUGUAGCCAGCGCCCCAGUCUACGCCCCAGCCUACGCCCCGGCCUACGCACCAGCCCAUCCAUUGUACUACCACCGUCGCUGA